AUGGCAGCUCCCCAAUACCAACGCGUACAGUUCUUUGACAAAAUCCAUAAAAUUCCAACCCAACUUGCCCUGCAGAAGCUUUCGGAAAAGGUUAUAGAGCACAAGAAUAUGAAGAACGGCCACAAUGCGGAAGUAACAGUCUAUGAUCAUCUGGUCAGGCUUCCUGAGGGGAAAAUGGACAUUUUCAAGAUUUAUUACAUGAAGAAGUUCACCGAAUCCAAUCCGCUUAAAGGAUAUAUAAUCAUGGAGUAUAUUGAAGACCUAGUAUCAGUACAUUGCUAUGAAAUACUUACACCGGUUGAAGUGGAACAGAUUCUCCGCAACAAAGCCGUUCUUGAGGCGACCUCGCUAAAUUUCACAACAGAGGAAAAAAAUGAGUUCACAAAAACUUCCCUCGAGGAAUUUUAUGCAGAAUUCCUCUCAAAAGAGUCAGUGGAAAGUAUAAUGACCAUAUUCCGAAACUUCGAACGUGGCAAAUUCAAGGAAAAAGCUCUUCGUUUGGAGAAGAUUGUCUCAGACUUGAGUGACUUGUCAAGAGUGGAUUCACUUUCGGAAGAGUGUGGAAUGGAACGAGUUUUGUGCCAUGGAGACUUAUGGUCCAUGAAUACUCUCUGGAGGUUGAAAGAGAACGGGCUCUCUCUUGCAGCUCUCAUAGAUUAUCAGGCAGCUCACUUUGGAUGCGCUGGAACAGAUUUCGUGCGUUUAUUUGUCACAUGCCUGAGCGGAAAACACCGACGAGCCCAUUGGGAAGAACUCUUGGAAGUCUUCUACGGAUAUCUCCUAGAAGAACUUGGCGGUAGCAAAGUGCCAUAUACCCUCGAACAGCUCAAAGAGUCAUAUCGACGAUUCUUUCCGAUCGGUGGCUUCAUUGCAUUAACAUUGAUGGGAACGCUUUUUGAGAGCCUCUUCAAGUACUCAGACGAGGGACUGAGAAAAAAAUGUCUGGAGACAGUGUGUGAGAAAAUCGACUUCGUACUCGAUGAUAUUUUUUACUUUCAUGACCGGAACACCAGAAUACAGAAAGGAGAACAAGUUGCCUGA